CUCUCUCUCUCUCUCUCUCUCUCUCUCUCUCUCUCUCUUUCUUUUUUUCUUUAUUAUUAUAUGUAUUUCUUUCCAUCUCUCUCUCUUUUCUUCCUUCAUUAUUAUGGUGUGGUGUAGUGUAGUGUGGAUGUAUGGAUUUAGAUGCAUAGAUAGAUAGAUAGAUAGAUAGAUAGAUGGACUGUCCUGCCCCGCUUUGCCGUAACAAAAAGUUUUGAGGCUAUGGCGGCGGCUAAUAGCUGGAAGAGCGGAGGUGGUGGGCUUCGGCUUGUUACCGUUGGGAAGAGACUAAUCGCUAACCGCUUGAUCUGCAACCCAUCCAUUCCAACUCCAACUCCAACUCCAACUCCAACUCCAUCUGCUCUGCUGAGGAUGAUCCCAUCAUCAUCGUCUUCCCUUUCUUACACUGCUAGUACUUCCAGCAACAAUCCACUCCCGGAAGCAUAUGAAAAGAACCCUGAUGAUCAGGCCCCCCAACCUGUGGUCCUGGAUGAGUUGAUUCAGCCCGAGUCCGAAGAGUACUGGGCUCCCAACCCUCAAACCGGGGUGUUUGGUCCCACCAGUGACCACAGCAGCAACCCCACUGAACACGGGGAGGGUGGGGCGCACUCUUCACCUGAGGGCUCUGUCCUGGAGGAGGAAGCCUUCUUCCGUCUUACCAGUAUUGAGGAUUUGGAGAAGCCCGUCAGCCUCCCAGAAACAGAGGCAGAAGAAUGAAGCAUCACCUGAUGGCGCUACAUGAAUAGGAAGUGCUGGCAGUAGCAGUGAACAUGACUGCAUCAUCCCCCGGCACAGAUAUCCGAGAAAGCUACCGUUUAUGAUUGCUGUGCUUCAGAACGGUUUUAAUUCCUUAGACGAACUUCACUUUUGUUUUUCAUGUAGUGAAAAGAAUUGGAUCGAAUGUGUUUGUCAGUUUCCAAGCUGAUAGUGCAUGAAACCAGGCAUGUUUUCUUGGAUCGGAUCAAUUGUAUUAUGUAUGGGUAGCGCCUUUUGUUUGCAUA